AUGAUGACCAAUAAGUGUUCAAUAUCGUUGUUGUUGUUGAUAUGUGUACUCUAUAUCAUUGGACAACAAAAUAAUGCCUAUGUCAAUGCUUACUCAAUGGAUGAGCGUGUAGAGGUGUAUCAUGUCAGAGCACCAUUAACAAAUACACAACAAUAUGGUCUACUAUUGAAUGAUGUAGUUGUAUUACACUCUGGUCUACAUUUCCAUACAGUCCAUUCAAAUGAAGAUUAUACUGUGGAGUAUGUGUCAAGCCCUUCACUCAUGACCGCACUCUUCCCCUUGGUCAUCGUCAACACGCAGGACAUCAUCUGGAAUGCCAAGGGCAUCGUACAGACUACACAACAAUUCAACACGUCAUACUGGUCGGCUGCGCAGCUGCACGUCAUGACGAUCGAUGGCUACACACUCGAGCGUUACCUCUGCUGGACGGGCUACUACAACGACACCAACCCAUACUACAACCCCUACCAGGUGGUCGACUCGUCAACCAACACCGCCUCCUUGGACAGCUCAAUCAGCGAUGACUUCACAUGGGCUUCAUUCCGCACUCUUUACAACCUUGGCGCACAGAUGACCGCAAACAUCACCGCGGGUGUGGAUACACCUAUGCGUGGUCGCGUCUCAUUGUUUGCGACUACAAAGGCGGUUCUCAUCGAUGACCCUCAGGAAGAGGCGACAUGGGACCUGCUGAUGACAUUCUUUGAGAAGGUCACGUUCAUGCCCAACAAGACUGCCGUGCAGCUGAUACAAGAUGCAUCCAAACUCUUCAAUGGAGUGUUCUACUAUUAUCACACCAAUCAAUAUUGGAACAUGACGUUGGUGCAAGACCGCGCACAGAUCACCUUCACACAGUUGGCUACACCAAUGCCCUCUGGCGAUAGAUAUCCAUCAAAUGUGAACUAUCCCCAACAUUGCAUCGACAGGUAUCCUCAACAACAUCAUUCAAUUGGAGGAGGUUGGAUAUUCAUUAUCAUACUUCUCUCAGUCGUCACAGCAUACAUCGUUGGAGGACUUCUGGUUAACAUUACAAUGAGAGGCAAGAAAUGUGGAUUGACGGCACUUCCAAACUAUGAUUCAUGGUGUCGCUUUGGUUCAAUGGUCAGCCGAGCAUGUGGUUCAAUGUCGGUAUACAGUGGUCGUGGUGUUGGUGCCAGUGAUGAUGGUUAUAAUCCAUUGACAGUUCCAAGCUUGGACGAAGAGCUC